GUGGACGGACUUGUUCCUACGUCAGAUUGCAUCUUACCCAAUACAGGCAGUUUCGAUCAGCACAGGGUAGUUUUGUGUUGUGAAAUAGGAUUACGGAUAUUUUCUUCUUACAGAUAUCGAACAACAGAUGCCAUGUGUGAGAAAGGCGGACGAGUAGCAGGAACCGCGCACCGACAAGACGUGAAAAACCUCCCCUUCCUGAUCACCUUGUGUUUCACCGUAGGUUUAACUGUUGGACGAAAGGUAUCACUUCCAGCAGGCCCUCUGCUCCGAGUGGAGGGUGAAGCACUGUCUUUACGUUGUGAAGUAUCAGAUUAUCAGGGCCCCAAAGAGCAGGAGUUUGACUGGAAAGUAACAAAUGGGUCAAAAACCAUUCAAGUUGUCUCCACUUUCGAAUCCUCGUUUCCAGAUCUGACAUUAAUGGACAGGGUGUUGACUAAUGACAUCAGUGUGAAAAGAAUUGAUGAAAGAACAGUGGAGCUGAGGAUUAAAAAAGCCAGGGUGACUGACAGUGGGAUUUUCACUUGCAGUACGCCAAGUACCGAUUCUGUUAUCACUGGAAACUAUGAGGCAGAUGUGAUGCUGAGAGUAAUUCAUAAUGCACUGGUUGUGGUUACCCAAGAACCAGCCAAAUUAGUCCACGAGGGCAGACAGAUAAAUCUUCUCUGCAACAUCACUCAAGACUACAUUGAAGGAAUUUACCUAUCAGUUACAUGGUCUGUUAAAAAGGAUCAGUCACAAGAGCAGGAUCUCCUUACUUUUGGACCCGAUUCAGGUGUUACUGUUGGAGAGAAUUUUAUCCACCGCUAUGCAGAUGGGGAAAUGCGUCUGCACUUGGAAAAUGCUGGUUCCUACAGCCUUGUGCUUUCUGGAGCAGUGCCUGCAGACCAGGGUAUGUAUUUGUGUACUGCCAAGCAGUGGACCAGAGAGCAGGGCACCUGGAACAGCAUACAGGAAAAGGCAGAGGUCAUAGGUGAAGUGGCUGUUAUCCCAACAGCUAAAUCACUCACUGUACGGGUCCUGGAUAGUACCGUCCUUAACCCAGGAGACAAUCUGAAUCUCACUUGCUUGGUUUCUUCGGAUGACCUUACUGUUUUAGAACUUGAAGUGACAUGGCUGCUGAAUGAGACACAGAUUCUUAGCCACCUUAGUCGAGAUGGAUUGGUGGGAAAAGCUCCAGAAGUAUUCAGCGUUAACCAGGUUGGAGAGGGUAAUUACAGACUGGAGAUCCACAGCGUUGAUGUUUCUGAUAUGGGACUUUACUCAUGUAGGGUUAGGGCAUGGAUACAACAGAGACAGGGAAAAUGGUACCAGUCUGCAGAGAAAACAUCAACCCCUGUACAAGUUGUGAUCCAGCCAGAAGACCCAGCAUUUACCGUGUCUCUUAAUUCUCAAGUAAUAGCCCAUUACUUAGGAGAGCCCACAGAACUUGUGUGUCAAGUGUCCAACAUUUCACAGGUUUGGGGAAAACGACUGAGUGUAUCAUGGUUCUAUUCAUCUGCCUCAUCCAAUGCUAGUGAAAUUGUCACUGGUGUUAUUGCCUCAAUGAAUGAAAAUGGAGCCAUCAUUUCCAGUGAUAAAUACAAGGAUCGCAUUGCUUCAGGUCUCAUUCUAGUGACUCGAAUUGAACCAGCUACUUUCAGGCUUCGCCUGCUCCGCACCACGAAUGCAGAUGCAGGUGAAUAUGUUUGUAGUGUCACAACAUGGACAUUCAAUCGCCAUGGCAUCCGGAAAUAUACAUCAGAAUAUCGAGCUACUGCACUAAAAGUCAGCUUGGACUCCAAGGGCCCUGGCAUCAGUGUGAUCGCCCGCCACAAACGAAAAGCUGAUGUAAUUGGCUCCACUUUUGAAAUGAACUGUUUGGCUAAACUUAAAAGCCUCUGGGAGGGUUUGGCCCUCUCUGUCCAAAUACUGUUCCAGGAUGGUGUAGGUGGACCCAGUCGCACACUUGCAUCACUUAGCCCUGACAUGGUUCUCAAGUUAGAAGACUGGCCUGAGUCUAGUCGGCAGGAUAGCCUGAGUCUAGUGAAGACUGGCAACACAGAGUUCUUAUUCCGAAUCCAGGAUGUGCAGAUGAUGGAUAGAGGAUUCUACUCUUGUGAAGUGGCAGCAUGGACUAAGCCAGAUAGGAACAAUUGGGUAGAGAUGGCAAAAGGACAGUCAAAUAAAGUUCAGCUUAACUUUGAGCACUCAAGGCCAUCAUUUGAUCUUUUAAUAACUUCAGACACCACCAGUGUUUACCCCUGGGAAACAGUUAAAAUAGAUUGCAUUAUCAGUACAUUAGGAACUCCCAACACAGGCAAUGUUGCAUAUGAAAUACGAUGGUAUCAGUGUCAUUUAUGGGGAUCAAGAAACUUUGUUCAACUUGCCAGUAUAGAUCGCUGGGGUGUGGUGAGAAAAAGCCCUCGUAAUGACACUAGUGACUGCAGUCUGGAGCGUCUCAAAACCCAAAUAUUUACCCUCACUAUUCAUGGCACACAAGACAGUGAUGCUGGCGAGUAUUACUGCACUGCCACACCAUGGAUACGCUCAACCACAACAGAGGAUUGGAAAAAAGAACCAGAGAUCGUAUCCAGCAGAGUCUUUCUUAGUGUGAAAUUUGCAUUGUGGGAUUCAAUGAAAUUACCUUUGCUUUAUGGGACAGGUACAUCCCUCACUGUGGGUAUCUUUUCAGUCAUUCUGGGCCUUCUCUGUUCUCUGUGCUGCUGCAGAAAAACCACACAUACUCCUCACACUCGCCAGAAGCUCCUCAACUCACAGACUGAGUGACAUGUACAACCUAUCUGAAACAGAUGCUUGUCUGACUGUUCAGCAAAGUAGUAACAUGUAACUAUGAAGUAUGCUUCAUAGACAGAAGUCUGCAACAGAGGCUUUACUUUCUUUUCCACAUGUGGCCUCUGUUGAUAAGUGACAGUGGAACCAGUGAAGAUACCAAAGCAGAAAUUGUAACAAUGGGAUUUAUUUUAUAUUUAUUGUGAAUUUCUGCAAAAAAAAGUAACAUCAUCUUAAUUAAAAAUAUAAUAUUAGAUUUUGCUUCAUUCUUCUGUUCACUGAAUUUAGUUCCAGUGGACUUACUGAGUACUAACAAGAAAUAACCAGUGCAACCUCUUGCACCAAUUAACAUGUUUGAGAGGCACAUACUGUACAAACAGUAUCUCACAAAAGUAAGUACACCCCUCACAUUUCAGCAACCAUUUUAAUAUAUCUUCUCAAGGGACAAUACUAUAGAAUUGAAACUUUGAAAUACUUUAAAGUAGUCAAUGUGCAGUUUGUAUAGCAGUACAGAUUUACUGUCCUCCUUGUUGCUGGGAUCCUCUUCCACUCCUCCAUAAUGACAUCACGGAGCUGCUGGAUGUUAGACACAUAUCACUUAUCCACCUUCUGCUUGUGGAUCCCAAAAGGUGCUCAGUAGGGUUCAGGUCUGGAGACAUACUUGGCCACUCAAUCACCAUCAGCUUCCUUAGUAUGGCAGUUGUCAUCUUGUGGUCUGUUUGGGGUCAUUAUUAUAUUGGAAAACGAUUGUCCGGCCCAGUUCUGAAGGAAGGGCUUCAUGUUCUGCUUCAGAACGUCACAGUACAUGUUGGAAUCCAUGUUUCCCUCGAUAAACCGCAGCUCCCCAGUACCAGCAGCACUCAUGCAGCCCCAGACUAUGAUGCUACCACCACCAUGUUUGA